AUGCCAGCUAAAACGACUUCUGUUAAAAAAAGGUUUGUGUCCGAUGGUAUGUUACGUGCAGAACUCAACGAGUUCUUGACACGAGAACUUGCUGAGGAUGGUUAUUCUGGCGUUGAUGUCCGUGCUGCUCCAUCACGUACAGAAAUUGUUAUUUCUGCCACACGUACCCAAAACGUAUUGGGUGACAAGGGACGCCGUAUUCGCGAACUUACUUCUCUCAUCCAGAAACGUUUUGACUUCAAAGACAAGGCAGUUGAACUUUUCGCCGAGAAAGUAGCACAACGUGGAUUAUGUGCUGUUGCCCAAGCAGAGUCGUUACGUUACAAGUUGAUUGGUGGUCUAGCUGUCAGGAGGGCAUGUUAUGGUGUGUUGAGAUUCAUCAUGGAAAGUGGGGCUAAAGGAUGUGAAGUUGUAGUAUCUGGUAAAUUAAGAGGUCAGCGUGCUAAAUCAAUGAAAUUCGUUGAUGGACUUAUGAUUCACAGUGGUGACCCAUGCAAUGAUUACGUCAAUGUUGCUACUAGACACGUUUUGUUAAGACAAGGAGUUUUGGGUAUCAAGGUAAAAAUUAUGUUGCCGUGGGACCAAACAGGUAAACUUGGCCCAAAGAAGCCUUUGCCAGAUAAUGUCAGCGUUGCAGAACCUAAAGAAGAAAUUCUACCCAUUGCACCAACCAGUGAUAUUAAAUCAAAACCUGAAGUAGCAGUACCUGCUGUUCCAGUUGUACCUGUUGUCGGUUGA